AUGAUCGAUAAAGAAAAACGAGAAAUUUUACUGACUUCGGUCACGAAGUCUUACGUAGUACGACGACUACCUACACUGGUUUCCCUGGCACUUGUGGGCCUUGCCUGGACGUUAAACGAAGUCGCAUUGGCUUGGAUCCAUGAGCGAGUACCACGAGACACUCCACCAUUGCCAGAUUUAUGGUUUUCAUGGUUUCCUGAGGUGCGAGGAGCUAUUCGAAUAACCGAAUACAUUAUGCUCAUUCUUGUCGUCAAUGCCCUUGUUGUCAUCAUAACCCAUCAGCACAGGUGGAUCGUAUCUCGACGAGUUUUCUUCUGUGCUGCAUUAUCUUAUUGCUUCCGUGCACUGUGCAUCACUAUUUUCCAGGUACCCGUUCCAUCUGUGCACACCUACUGCGCUCCGAAGACGAAUGGUUCGUUCUACAUCGUCUCGGCUCGAGUAGCGAGAAUGUUCUGGAGUGCAGGAAUCGAGCAAUUACGACCUCGAGAGCUAUGCGGAGAUUUGAUCGUUUCUGGUCACACCAUAACUAUUUUCACUGCAUUCUGCGCCUUCAAAUACUAUGCACCGAAGAAAUUGAAGCCCUUAUCCUACAUGCUGAAUAUGCUAGCAGUGUUGGGAAUUAUUGCCAUAUUGUUUGCCAGAAAGCACUAUACCAUCGAUGUCGUUCUUGGAUACACAGUAUCUACUCGUGUUUUCAUGGAAUACCACUCGCUUAUGUUGUCCUACCAUGAGAAUUCUUUAGACAGGAAUAUUCUCUCAUGGUCAUGGUGGUCAUGGAUAAUACCAUACUAUGAAAAAGACGCACCUCCACCACAUGCUUUCCAUAAUCGUCUCGAAUGGCCUAGCAAUUGUCCACAGAAUAUACGACGACGUAUAGUUUAGAAGCCCAGGCUUCAUAAAAACUAAGCGGAGAAUCUCCAUUUGGUAGAAUCUGUAUUCAUAGAGCACGCACUGCUUUUGGUGCCAAAAAUGGCAAUGAUUGUUGACUAGAGAGUCUAAAACCUCAAUUUGUUAGGUUUUUUCUUUGCAUUUAUUUCGCUGUUGUCCAUUGGACUUCUAGGAACAGUGGUUGUUUUCCGGGUACAUCGCUCAUACCGCUACUUUGUGUAUCCAUAAUCCCAAGUCUCCAAGAGUGAUAUCUGAAGCACAGUAAACUAGUCUGUAAACUUGCUUUCAUACAAAUAUUGGCAAGUAAGAAUUCUCCUCAUUCGUUCCAUCAGUCUUUGAGAAACUGUAAUACAAUUUUAUCUUCUGAGCAUUUGAUUUUAUUUGUUAAUCCGAAAUUUGUCCGUAAGAUUCUGCUUUACACAGUGAGUUGUUAACAUUACACGAUUCUCUUCUUUUCUCUUACGUUGGAAGAUGCGACCACAUUAGGUACUAAUCUUUACUGCGAUAAAAGUUAUCGUACUCAAAAGCCUUAAUGGAACUCAUAACUUACGAUUCGCUGUUGAUACGAGUAC